AUGUUCUCUCGACAUCUGCUAUCUCUGCGCUUAAUCGUAUCUCUAGUGCGCAUAAUCUAUGAUCCCUUCACCGAGUUCGGCAAGCUAUAUGACGAUGUUUUCAAUGCUCGUUUUCGUCCCUCCCAUACCAUCGAGGGCAAUACUACCUUGACUCAGUGCGGUGAUUGGGCGUUUCCCAGGCUGGACCUGCACGAGAAUGCUGAGAUCAAAACAGUCUCUGCAACAUUCAAACUUCCUGGUAUCAAACAACAGGAUGUCAACGUCGAGGUCCAUGGAAAUCACCUGACCAUAUCUAGGGAGUCGAAACGCUCGGGAGGCAGCUAUGCGGUGCAGGAGUGCUCAUGUGGCAAGUUCUCCAGGACCCUUCAAAUUCGUCAGGGAAUUAAGGCGAGUACAUUGGCAAUCCUUACCGUAUGCUUCCCGAAGGCUGGGCCAGACCACCAACCCCAGCGGAUUGCGAUCGCGUGA